AUGCCGGCUCACUAUUUGAUUCGGCUUCUUGUACUUCUGCUGCUCAUUCUCGGCUGCUCUGCGCGAUGGUGCUGGAAAUGCCUCAACACGCAGGAGGGUUGUGAAGAGGGCGGAGAGGAAUUGUGGGAAGAGGCAAAAAUGCAAUGCGCUGACGGCGAACGCUGCGUCUGGUUCUGGAAGCAAGAGAAGCCAUACUCGGUUCCAGAGCAAAGAAGAAAGUGCGGUACCAUGGGCCCGCACCGCUGUGGAUACUCUGAGAGUGACGAGGAGGGCUCCACCGCGAAGACGACGGUUUCA